GAGAGAGAGAGAUCAUACCUUAAAGAUUAAAGUAUUACAAACCCGGGGCCUAAUACGUGGCCUUCACGUCACCAGAUUGAGAAAUGAUGUGUUUCUGCCAUUCAGCGUUAAUGAAAUCCUUUGUGAGUGUGAAUGCUUUCAUAACAAGUGCUGUGGGACAAAUGCAGGUUUAUUUCUCUCACUCCGUUUUUUCAAACUGAGCAGCUGUUUUUCCCUGCUGUCCUGCAUCAUGGCGAGCUGGUGGACGUCUGCAGACAGCCUGGACCUGGAGGAAAACUCCAUAGUGUCUCGGCUCAUUCAGGCAGUCGGCCUGUUUGGAGAUAUUCUGUCUUUGGAGGACACGAUGCUGUCUGAAGACAACAGAGAGGAGGACAACACUGACGGGACUGCUUCAGGGGAGGAGGAGGGUGCUCGACAAGCAGGAGGCAGAAAGGUAGAGGAUGAAGUGAUGAUGGAGGAAGACAGAGAGGAGGAGGAGAAGGAGAAGGAUGGAGGAGAGCAACAGGUUGAAGACUGGAAAGAUACAAAUGAGAGCAAAGAGGAAGAAGAUUUUCAACAAGGAGAAAAAGAGAAAGAAGGCGAUAAAGGUGCCAAAGAUGAUGGAAAUGUUGAAGUAGAGAAAGAAAAGCAGGUAGAAGUAAGAGAAGAGGAGGAUGAAGGGACAGAAAAGGUGGAGGAGGAAGAGGUGGAAGAAAAAGAGGUACAUGGAGGAGAUGAAGAGCAAGAUAUUAAGACUGAAAAGAAGAAAGGAGAGGUUUGUGAGAGAGAAAACAAAGAUGAAACGGCAGAAAUGAUGGAGAAAGUAAAGGAGGUAGAGGACGAGAAAGGGGAGGAAAAUGUAGAGAAGCAAGAAGAAAAGAUAGAUGGAAGAGGGGAAGAGAUGCAGGUGUUAGAAAAAGAGGUAGAGGACAAGAUAGAAAAAGAAAAUGUGGAGGAAAAGGAUGAAGCAAAGACUCAAAGAGAGCAAGAGGAAGAACGAAGGGAGAAGGAGGUAGAUAAAGAAACAGAAAGACAGGAUGAAGAAGAGGAUAGAGAACACAGAAAUGUAGCAGGAGAAGAAAAAAAUGACUUUAUAAAAGACGGAGAAGAGAAAGAAAAGGAGGAAGAAGAGGUAGAUGAAGAAAGAAAAGAACAAGACGGGGAGAUAAAGGAAGAAGUAGAGAAAGAAGAAGAGAUGGAGGAUACAGGAGAAAAUGAGGUAGAGAAAGAAGAAGAGAUGGAGGAUACAGGAGAAAGGGAGGUAGAAAAAGAAAAAGAGAUGGAGGAUACAGGAGAAAGGGAGGUAGAAAAAGAGAUGGAGGAUACAGGAGAAAAUGAGAAAGAAAAAGAGAUGGAGGACACAAGAGAAAAGGAGGUAGAGAAAGAAAAAGAACAGAAAACAAGAUAG